UCCUCCUUCUCCUGCUGCUGCCGCCGCCGCCUUGCGCCGUCGGGGAAGUCCUCCGCUGCUGAGGGGCCGCCGGAGCCGAGCUGGGAAGGGAACGCCGCCGCCGCCGCCGCCGUCAUGUCGGGCCAGUCGAUCACCGACCGGAUCACGGCGGCGCAGCACAGCGUCACCGGCUCGGCCAUCGCCAAGGCCGUCUGCAAGGCCACCACCCACGAAGUCAUGGGCCCCAAGAAGAAGCACCUCGACUAUUUAAUUCAAUGCACAAAUGAGAUGAAUGUGAAUAUUCCACAGUUAGCAGAUACGCUUUUUGAGAGGACGGCAAACAGUAGCUGGGUAGUAGUGUUCAAAGCUCUAAUUACAACGCACCACCUCAUGAUGUAUGGAAAUGAGCGCUUUAUUCAAUACUUGGCAUCUCGAAAUACAUUAUUUAAUCUCAACAAUUAUCUGGAUAAAAGUGCCAUGCAGGGCUAUGAUAUGUCUACCUUCAUCAGACGAUAUAGCAGAUACUUGAAUGAAAAAGCACUUUCUUAUAGACUUGUAGCAGUUGAUUUCACCAAAAUGAAAAGAGGGAUUGAUGGUGUGAUGAGGACAAUGAAUACUGAAAAACUUUUGAAAACCCUGCCAAUUAUUCAGAAUCAGCUGGAUGCACUUCUUGAUUUUGAUGCAAACCCAAAUGAACUAACCAAUGGAGUAAUCAAUGCUGCCUUCAUGCUCCUCUUUAAAGAUUCCAUUAGGCUUUUUGCGGCCUAUAAUGAGGGGAUCAUUAACCUACUAGAAAAAUAUUUUGAUAUGAAGAAGAACCAGUGCAAAGAAGGUCUGGAUAUUUACAAAAAGUUUUUAGCCAGAAUGACCAAACUAUCAGAAUUCCUCAAAGUGGCAGAGCAAGUUGGAAUUGAUCAGGGUGACAUUCCAGAUCUUACUCAGGCUCCCAGCAGUCUGCUUGAAGCCCUGGAGCAGCAUCUGGCUUCUUUGGAAGGAAAGAAGACCAAGGAAGUUUCAGCUGCCAGCAGAGCAAGUACUCUAUCCAGUGCCGUUUCCACCCUGGCCAACACAGGAAUGUCCUUCAGUAAAAUGGAUGAAAGAGAGAAACAGCAGGCUCUGGAGGAGGAGCAAGCUAGACUGCAGGCUCUGAAGGAACAGCGAUUGAGAGAGAUUUCUGUGGUUUCCAAUUCUACUUCUACUUCUGCUUCUCCAAGCACUUUAUCAGGAAAGAGUGUGAACACCAAUCCUGCCGUUGAUCUCUUUGCAGCCCCCGCCCCAACUACCAAUAGCAUGCCCAACCUUUCUACCGAUCUCUUCGAUCUUCAACCUGCAUUUGUUCCUACGGUACAAAGUACUCCAGCCAUAGCAACGUCAGCAAGCAGUGCCUGGGGAGGACAUUUCUCAUCCACAAAUGGUUGUGUUGGGUCUCCACCCCAUCUGGAUGUCUUUGAUAUGAAACCGGUUGAAGAAGCUGUAAAAAGUACAACUCCUUUUGUGAGCUCCACCUUUGGCUCCAAACAAACAGUGGAACUAUUUAGUGGCUACCCUCUUCAUUCCGCAUCACAGAAAACAACCUCUUCAACAAUCAAUGUGGACUUCGAUGCUGUAUUUGGUGGAAAAUCGACUAUAAAUGAUUUUGGAACUACAGCAGAUGAUGUAUUACAACCAACAGUACCUGCACAAAAUCAGAGAGGAAAUGUAAUUGGGCAACAAAGUGGGAGGAUUUUGGCCAAUGACCUUGACUCAUCACUUGCUAAUCUAGUAGGAAAUCUUGGAUUUGGAGGGACACCACCCAAAAAAUCUGAUAUGCAGUGGAAUCAGCCUACAGAGAAGAAACUUACUGGUGGUAACAACUGGCAAGCAAAAACAAGCACCUCAACUACGUGGAACACUGUUCCUGUACCUCCUGCUCCACAGAUGGUACCUGCUCCAGUAACCUACCCAGUAAAUACACCUCAAGUGCCUGUGUAUGGAAUGGUACCUACUCAGAUUGGAACUGCCCCUAUUAUGACACCUCAGCCCAUGAUUUAUACCCAGACCGGUCUAAGGCCAAACAAUCCUUUUGCACCUAUCUCUGGAACACAGAUUCAGUUCAUGUAGAUCUGCCAAAACAACGAGACUCUUUGACAACCAAAUUGGUACAGAGAAGAUGAAACUUUCAGACUGCAGCCUUUGCCAGAGCUCAUACUUGCUCCGCGUAUACUAUAAAAUUAAUUUUAAUUGCUGUGCUUUAGAGAUUCUUUUUAUAACAGUCCCUAUGGUCUGAAAUCAUGUGGGUUUUGAUGGGGUUAAGACUGUUUUCCACGAGAAGUUUAAGUAUUUUGAAGCUAAAGGUCAUCCAGGUUCAAAAAGAAUAUCCUACUUUUUGUUGCUUUUAAAGACAAGCUUACUUAGGAAUCCUUGGAAGGAUUUGUUUUUUAAUUUUGAGCCUGUAGUAAGCAAGUGGACAGCCUCAAACGUCUAUUUAUUUUCUCCCUGAAACUCGGUGGCUGAUGUAAUCAUGGGCACUGUAGAGCAAAGUUGAGCAAUAAGCCUUUUAGAUGCUCUGAAGGACUACCCAAAACAGUCAAUACUCGGACAGGAGUAAAUCCUGCAUUGUGAAAAAAGUUGGUUCUCUUGGGAAACCAAGCUGUUUUUCUUCAUAUUAGGCUGGCUUCUUCUGAUUCAUAGAUUUUAUACUGUGAGUUUUCAAAUGCUGUGAAUCAACUUUAAUUAAAUGGGCCAUUAGCAUUAAUUGAAUUGGCCAUUAAUGGAAAACAAAUUAAUUGGCAUUCAAGCGGAGGGAUUGUUUAGCCCAGCUGUAGGUCUACCCUUGGGCCGGGGUGCUGGAGUAGCGUAUUACUGAGCAGUGUGCGAGGUUCUGGUGUGAAUGGCAACAGCUGCAAUACUUUAUACGAGUAGCAUUGUUUCUGACUCUGGUGAGAGUUGACUUCUAUCCUGGCUUUAAAAAAAAAAACAAAAACACCCAGUAAAUGGUCAGCCAGAAGUUGUAAAUCUGAGAGGUUGCUUGUCCUGAAAGGGGCAUCACGCAUUUUUCAUUGUGCUUCAUCACGUUCCGUGGUGCACUUUAAGAACUGGAAAGGUGGAUUUCUAAAUGGUCCAUCCAUGGCAUAGCCUAGUUUCUGUCAACAAGGGAGACAAGGAAAAGAUGCCUGUAAGGUAACGUUUUUUAGAGGAAAGAAUUGUAAAUAAUGUGUAAACCUUUAAGGACAGAAUUUCUCCAGAAUUGCAGGAUUUUUUUUGUUGUUGUUGUUUAUCUUUGUAACAUUCAAAAUAUGAAUAUUUACCGCUUAAAAGAUAUACAGCUCCAAAUUUCUUUGGUAUUGAAAAGCUCAAAACUAUUGUUCCUGAAAAUAUGUGAGAUGUUACUGCAGUUUAGGAGAGCAUAUGUAAUGUGAUGAUACAGCUUGAUGGUCCAUAAUUUUCAACUCUCCUCCAAAACUGGUGGUGGUGAUGAUGAUGAUAACAAUAAUGAUAGAUUAACAACCAUGGGAAUUGACCCAGCUUGUUCAGCAUGUAUUAUCAGGGGGAAUUGCAAGAAAUUUGGAUUUAAAAUCCCUUUUUAAAAUCAAAGAAGAGUUCUAAUUAAUAGAAGAGUUGACUCCUUUAUAUCACUGCCAGGCUUCUGGUGUUAGGCCCGUUACCACAGCAAUAACAGGACAAAGGAUAUCAAAUAAUGCUAGUAUGGUUCUUCUUUCAUAGAAUUUUCCCCUAUUUUGUCAGAUAUUCUUAAAACACUGCAAUUGAUCUUGCUCUUUCAAGCAUUUGCCAAAUUGUGGGUUUUGUUCCUAGGAAAAAGGGAUUUAAUAGCAACUACAAAGAAAAACAUUUUUGCAGAUCAGAAUGUCAAACUCAGAAAACCAUUUUUUUCUCUAUACGUGUUUUCUCCUUUGUGUUUGUUAAUAUUGUGCCAAGAAUGUAAAAAAAAAAAAGCCUGCUUCAAAAAGGAUAUACUUGUUUUGUCAAGCUAAACAUGAUUUUUUAAAGGAAAGAAUCAUUUUUUACAUAUGUGUUUGCAAUUUGUAACCACUAACUUUGUAUGGAUUAAAUGUGCAAGUGGAAAAAAUGUUUUAGACCAAAUCUUCAACAUGUACUGACAAAGACGUAAACUGGAUGCAUGUAAUUAAAUGUGGAAAGUGAAUUUUCAAGGGCUUUUGACUUUAAUGUAUUCUCCAGAUUUGCCCCAAACCAGUAUUUAUUUUGACCCUGUAUAAGCUGGAGCAAUUUAUUUGUGGGAUUUGUUUGAAUUGAUAUUUUCAUGCAUUGAUUUAACUAAUCCUCAUAUAAGAUUGUAUAAACUCGCCUUCCCAUCAAUUUUCACUCUUUCAAUCCAGUUUAGACCAGUACAUGUGUUUUAAAUAACAUAGGUUUUGUAAUUAGAAAUAUUUUAUCACAGACAUUGUGAUCAUGUGAACCAUAAUAUAAGCAGCAAGCUUUUUAACUCCCAGAGAUUAUUGUCUAAUCAUGGAAUUUUAAUUAUGUUUAAUUUAUUACAUUUACUGGCUGCAAUUUUACAGCAAGGAACAUCUUGCAAUAUCCAUCUCAUCAGAGAGAGAGAGAGAGAGAGAGAGAGAGAGAGAGAGAGAGAGAGAGAAACUCUCCAGAUGGAAGUAUGUUAUGUUAUUGCUUGAUAUAAUAUUAUGUGUAUUUACUGAUUUUAUUGUAAUUAUAAUAAUUCAAAAUAAUAACCACAAUGUUCCCAUUGCAACAUAUUGAUGUAUAAAAUUUCUGAUAUUUACAAAUUCCUCCUUCUAUUUCAUGUCCAGCACAGUUCAUAAAAAUAGACUUUAAUUUCUCUGUAGCUUAAGGUACUUGCAGCUCAGCCACUCUGAACAUGCACAACCUCCUGUGCCUGCAAAACCUUUAACCAGUUCACACACAACCAGUAACAACCUCUUUCUCAGAAGAUACACAAAAGAUUGUAUUCUCCUUACACCUCUCCACAGUGAUCUUCUAAAUAAACAUGAUGUCCAGUUGACCCUGUGAAUAACACCGUCCGUGAGCUGCAGUUGAUAACAUGAUGAUGUGUUUUUACGCCUUUGAACUGUGUGAUUUCUAUCAGGAUUUCAUCCCAUCUUUAACAGGUUUAAUUUGAGGCUUCUAUUUUUAUCAUAUCCAAGUCCUGGAUGUGAUUAUAUUUUAGCUGAUUUUAGACAGUAAGCUUUAUUCUGUCAAGCAGUGGUUUCCGAACCGCAGCUGUCCCUAGUUGUGUAUCAGGUGUAAAUAUUAGCUUUGAAAUUGGAAGUAAUCUCUAGUAUGUAGUUCUCUGGGUGAUGUUUAAAUAAGACCUUUAAUUAGACAAGGUGGGAGUUGUCUGUUAUCUCCUGACCAGCCACUGUGUCCUGGAAUUGCCCCCUCCCAUUAAACUGGCACAAGAGAGGAGAGUGGAAAAAUUGGCAUUAGGGCAUCAUGGCCUGGGUGGUAGUGCUUAUGACUGCACUGAAGAGCUGGCAGGACAGGAAUUGCGUUCAUAGAACAGUUUGGCAGAAGUACCCCUGCAUUGAAAAAUUGGAUUCUUCCUGUCUUCCUGACGGUGGGUGCAGCAUUGCAAUUCCUUGCUGCAAGAUUGCAAGAUCUUUAAAAAAUAAAAAAAAACAGUAGACCUCGGUAAGUGGUCUGAGUUAAUUUUAUUGCAAGUGUUUUUGCACCUGACACAGUUGGAAUUUUCUGUCUUCAUGCCAGAAAUUACCAUUGUACAGGCAACUGUACCAUUUUCAACUUCCAGUUGGCUAAAGGUUGUUUACAGUGAUUUUAGUGUUGUUAUAGUUGAAUGGUCUUGACACGUUGGACAGUAAGUGUAUAUGUUGUGCAUACUUAAAACAGUCCCCUCUACCUGAUUUUAUAUAUUUAUUUAUAGAUCGAGGUGAACUUCCUAGAACGUUAUCAAUCAACGGUAUCCCAGCUAAAUCCAGGAACACUCCAAUCUGAGACUUAAGCACGUGAACUAAGACCGUAACACCCCUGGUUUCAUAUGCCUUGGGUUAUCAUUAGAGCUAUGCAGACUUUCAGGAAUAAAUCCCAAUAGGUGCACAAAUGCAACACCUGGCUGCAAUUCUGUAGAGCACUUGAGUUUGCAGGAUUGUGUGGUGGCUCUUGCUCAUGGCCUCAGGAAAAGACGCUGCAGCUUUAAAGAGGGACUAGGAAGUUCCAUCUUUGUGUUCUUUUGUGCUCCACAGCAAUGAAGUAUAUAAAAAUAAUAAUACAUUUAAGGAGAAAAAUCAUAUUCAAAAUUGGCAUUUGCCUAUCCAGUAUUGAAAAUGUACUUGUAAAUAUACUGGUGACGCUAAAGAAGAUUAGUAUAAUGUAAUGAAUGUAAUAUUUUACCCAUUAACAUUUUUACUGCAAAUGUUUCUAGUUCUCAAAUGUUUGCUAUAAGAGAGAGGAUGCUUCCCAUUACAAUGUUCUUUUUAGACCAGUGGUGAAUUUAAGGUUUCUAUUUAAAGAAAAAAGAAAAAAACAACCCAAAUUAAGACAAAUGUGCCUGUUUUAUGCCACCCGUUAUUAUUUACUGGGAAAUCAGCCCAGUUAAAUCCAGCAGAACUUAUUUGCAAGUAAUCUCAGUCUGAAAUUGGAACGUCCUGGGUUUAGCUGUCAAUACUGCUUUUAUGAUUUGCCAAAAUUAAGAUAGCAGAACAAAAUGAACUCCUGAGAUAUUCAGAGAUGACAUUUAUCAAAAGAAAAGGAGAUCUCUGUGUUGCACAUACAUACAUUAAUAAGGUUUUGUAUGUCAGGGUCAUUUCUUGCCCCCACCCCCCACCCCCUUACAAUACUAACAAAACAUUGGGGUUUUGAUUUUUUCCAAAAGAAGCAGGAUGGAUCUGAAGAUGGCCAGCUGCUUGUGUGGAACCUUUGCACAGCCACAAUUCCAUGUUAGGCAGAGCUGGGCUGCUAUCUGGCUUUUAGGAAGUUGAGUGAGAUUCUAGAAAAUGCCUUUGGGCACCCUAGUGUGUUAUUUCAGCACCAUGCACAGUAGCAAUAUCUCUCAUAGGAUGCUGGGCAUGUAUGUGGUCUUAAAAUGGCAUCCAGAAAUGAAGUGACAGAAGACGCACUCUCUUUUGCCUUUGCUUCCGUCUCCCUGGGCCAUCUUCUAAAUACCUUUGCCCCCUCCCCAACAGUUCUUUGAUAUCAGAAAUUAACUUGGUGUAGAGAAACGUCCUGCAGCCGGUUUCAAUACUGACAUUUGUCCAAUACUAACAUUUUGGAGCAAAGCCCUGUGUGUGUCUCCUGAUUGGCGUGUGGCAUGUUGGCAUCCCAGUCAGACUGUCCUUCUCAUCCCACUGCUGGCCCUAAAUGGGGGGAAAAGCUAGAUUUUGUCAUACUUGAAAAAGUCUGUUCUGAAUUGAAGGUUCCUCUUUCUAAAUAACACAUUUUACAAAGAACAAUAAAUAUUUUUAGUCCUCUGUAUAUAGUAAGGAUGAGUACCAUUUUUUAAGGCAAGACUAUUUUGGGGGAGGGAGGUGUUAACUUUAAAAUUGAAUACAGGGUGUACAGAAUCUGGUUUUGUUUUGCUUUUUUGGUUUGGUUUGCUCUUUUUUCAGGUGUGGUUUGAGAAUUUGUUGGGAUAUCAGCUUUUGAGUAGAAUGCACUGUGGAUCAGUGCUUUUAUUUGUAAUGAAAGGGAAUCCUUUUUCCUCAAGUAGUAUACAUUUUGAGGAUAAUGCUGAAAUGCUUUGUGUACUGCUCGCUUAUUUCCAUUCUAAAGAUUAUAUUUUUGAGUUAGGGAAACUACAUGUUUUCACUGCAGUUUCUAGAAAAUGUUUAGAAAUAGAAAGUUGCUUCUGAUUCUGGUGUACUUUGACUUCUUGAUUGUCAGGUACCGAUUGAAAAACGUAUUGUGUCACUCAAUUUUCUCUACGGCUGUCUGACACUCAUUUUAAAUAUUGUAAUAACUGGUGCAGUCUCUCUUUUCCUUUUGUCCCAGUCUUUCACAGAUGUUUCUGUAGUAUUCUCCAAAACUGAUAAAUCUUUGGAUGUAUUUGUAUUCGUGUAUCCAAUGGUUGUAGGAUUUAGAGCAGGGGUGGGGAACUAUGGACCCUUUAUGACCUGUGGACUUCAACUCCCAGAAUUCCUGAGCCAGUCAUGCAGCAAUUUUUCUUUUUUUCCUCCCAAGUGUUUUGCUAUAAAACCCGCAGGAGGCUUGCAGUUUAGCUAAGCUUUAACGCAGAUUUUAGGCCAUGUGUAGAAUUGGACUCAGACUAUAGUAAUGGCAUUUGAAUGGUGCUAAAAAAGAUUGUAAUGUGAUUCCCAUUUAAGCAGGUAAGAGUGAAGCGAAAGUAGCUUAGUCUUGAACUAACUCACCAGGCUGAAUUAGUGGAGCACAAACACCCAUCAGCAAGCUUGCAGUGAGGAGCUUUUGAAUAGUCUUCCAAGAUGAUGCUACUUCUCAGCAUCCUUUACUGUUACUCAUAUUGAUAGUGGCUGCUGUUGAGCAAGAUCUGGAGAUCCCCAUCUCAGGUACUCUGUUCACUUGGGAAGGCGUUGGUUGUGUAUCUGGCAGUUGACCUCUGUUUGAGCUUCUCUAUCAAGAUCAGGGGUGUCAAAUUUUAUUUCAUUGAGGGCUGCAUCAGGGUUGUGUUUGACCUCGAGGGGCUGGUGUUGGCAUGGCCAGGGUGGGCAUGGCCAGCUUGACGUCACUCAUGUUGGGCGCGCCGGUGGUGGCCUGAGCGCUCUGCCAGCAAAAACGGAGACUGGGAGCAGUUUUCGCUGGCAGAAGCACCACGGGCCAGUCCUUUGCUGCUUCCAGGGUGGCCCUGCAGGCCAGAUCUAAGCACCCUGUGGGGCCUUGAGUUUGACACCCCUGAUCUAGAUCAGUGUUUCUCAACCAUAGCAACUUGUGAGGACUUCAGCUCCCAGAAUUUUCCAGCCAGACGACUGCCUGGGGUGUUCUGGGAGUUGCAGUCCAGACAUCUUAAAGUUUGCCAUGGUUGAGAAACACUGAUCUAGAGGGUGAAUUGGCAGAGUUGGAAGGGCAAAUGAAGUAAUAAAGGUCACAUUUCCUGCUUUCAUUUUUAAACAGCUGUCAGGUAGAACAGGGUGUGGAUCAAAAUACUGAUAUGCAGUGAGGAGUCUAAGACCUGCCCCACAGGCACUGCUCAAAAGGAAAAAAAAAUUCUGUGCCAAAAAGGUGAAAACCCCUUGAGUCAUUCUUAACUCCUGAAGAUUAAACGGACAUUUUGGGAUAGCUUUGUGGAAGUGUUUGUGGCGGCCUAAUUUGGGUGUGUUGUAUGUGUAACUUCCUAUCUAAUCUACAGCCUGACGGCUUUUAAUUCUAAUUUCUAAUUAAUACAUCCGAGUACUGACCCUAAGUUUUUUUUUUUAGUUCAGCUAAGAUUGGCUAGGUACUGAUUCAGUUGUGAAACCCCCAAGUUGCCAAAAGCAUCAUAGUUCCCUGUACAAAUAGCAGUAUUUAGGAAAGAGUUGCAGCUCUGCCCCUAACCCCCCCCCCACUUUUUUUUAAAAGAAGCACAUAAAAUGCAACUCACAUUUCUUGUGGUGUCUAGUUUGUAGGGCCUUUUUUGUUGAAGAGCCAGGAAAAAUGAGCUAAGUCAUUCCCACAACUACAGCUGUGGAAAACCCCUCUUGUGCUUGUCUCUUGGUGCCAGACAGCCUCCCUGUAAAAGUAGAUUGGCACAGCCAAGGAGAGAAUGUUGCCUGUCAUUUCUGUCAGUGAACUUGGUGAGCCAAUGACACACAUCCAAUAUUGGUGGAAGCAGGGUAAAUUGUGGCAAAUUGUCCGUCUUGUAAUUCUAGCUAACCUGUGAGCCAUUGUUUUUUUUUGUUUUUUUUUUACAAAGUAUGUAUCUGCACCACCAAUACAAUUACUUGGUUGCUACCAACCUGUUCUGGAAAUGAAGGUAAAGAUACUUUGUAAGUAAAGCCUACAAUUUGAGGUCUCCUUGCUACCCUACAGCUCUUGCCUAUAGGAAGCCAAUGAUAUUCAAAAAAAAUACGGAACUGUUGAAUACAAAGGCAGUAAGUGGAAAACCUUAUAAGAUUUUUGCUUUGGUUCUCCAAAAUGCAUAUUUUUAGAAUUCAAAGGCCAGAAGUAGUUGCCAUAUUACUUGGGUGACAGAUGAUAAAGUUAUUGAAUGUUGUCUGAGUAUCUGUAGCCAAAUAACAAAAUGUUCAAUUAGAAUACAAUAAGAAUGUACGGUUAUUCACACCAAUUUCUCAUUCAUUAACUGAAAUUAUUGUGAACUUCGUACAGUAGUUCUAGUGAAAACCACUUGAACCAUUUAGUUGUAAAUUGCAAUUUACCAGGAUUGAUACUUGUAUGUAGAUCUUAUUUGAAGUAAUUGUAAGCCUAAAAUCCAAGUACAAUUAAAAUUCCAAGAUGUUUUUUGUGUCAGUAAGGCACUAUUGAAGGAAUGUAACCUUUAUUUUGAAAAUGCUUAAUUUCUGCAAAAGUGUUUGUAUUUUUUCAUAUUUGAAAUGUUUUUCUAAGUUGACAUUUUUGUUCAACAUUUGAAAUAUAAAUUAAGUAUAUUGUGAUUUUCUGUUUGAACUUCUCAAAGUAUUUAUUUUGCCCAGCUCAUGUUAGAUUGCAAAAGUGUCGGAGAACACAUCUAGCCAUCAAAACCUUUUUCAGUUUAAGCACACACACAUCCCCAACCAAUAUUUUUCUGAAAUAUUUUGUUUGCCAUGUUAACACUUCAAAGAUUCUGGCGCUAACUGGCUUGACAGCAUAUAAAACAAGGAAGUGGUUGAGACUAUUGUAUAGACUCCAUUUUGUUAAUGAAACAGGUUUUGGAAAAUAAACUUUGGCACAAAGUG